ACCCUUGCGAGUCCUUUUUGAUCCUGAACUGUAUUAGGUGCCGUAUUGCUACUCGUGUUGAAUCAAGAAUUGUAGCUGGACAUGGGUCUGGAGGACGAAAAAAACAUGCUGACUGGGUCCGGAGAUCCGAAGGAGAUUUAGGUUUAUGCUGAUGUUCUCUUGGGGAAUUUUUUAUACUGCUCCUGUUGGAAGAAAGGAAACUGAGUUUGUGAUUAUGUACUUGAAUCACAAGCGAAUAGGAGGAAGAAGAAGAGGAGGAAUUAGUGAUAGGAGUGAGGCUCUCAGUGCAUACUGGCAACCUUGGAAGGCAGGAAUGUGAAACUUUUCCCUACUACUUAGCAUCAGAAUUGAAUGGGAGACCCCAUUCUGCCAUGUCUGGUGGCAAUGUGGCUCUGCCAGCUGGCCUUCUGCACGGAUCCCUUAACAACAGUGAGAGAGCAGUGCGAGCAGCUGGAAAAAUGUGUAAAGGCUCGUGAGCGGCUAGAGCUCUGUGAUGAGCGUGUCUCCGCCAGAUCACAUACAGAAGAAGAUUGCACAGAGGAGCUCUUUGACUUCUUGCAUGCAAGGGACCACUGUGUGGCCCACAAACUCUUCAACAGCCUGAAAUAAAUGUGCAGACUCAUUCACCUCAGCCUUCAUCACCUUGGCAUCAGGAUGCUUCCUUAUGGUUUUGAAUAUGCCCUUUGUUUUUAAUUUGUAUAACUGUUAACUUCAUACAAACCUCAUGCAUUUUGGCUUAGGAAAGUAGCCAACUCUAUGUAAUAAGCAGUGAUUCCAUUCUAAUAAAAUUCUGUGAACUGCCAACCUA